AUGUCAUCGAAAAAACAGGCAGAACUUGUCAGAAUAGCACUUCAAAUGGCUGCAGAAGCAGGACUGCGUGUUUGGUCAAUCACCACAGAUGGCACAGCAGUAAACAUUAGUACAUUUCGAGAAUUAGGCUGUGACUUUACCACAUCCUUUGAUUCUAUGGUGACGAAGUUCAAUCACCCGACGGAAAAUUACUAUGUUUAUGUUAUACUCGACCCUUGUCACAUGUUAAAGCUUGCCAGGAAUGCUUUAGGUUCGCUCAAAUCACUUGUUGAUGAAGAUGACAAUUUAAUCCAAUGGAACUUUUUCCAAUCUUUAGACAAAAUGCAAGAAAGCGAGGGAUUUACGCUGGGUAACAGGUUAUCGAAACAGCAUAUCCAAUUUCAAAAACACAAGAUGAAUGUUCGUCUGGCAGCACAAACACCGAGUGUUAUGUUAUUAGUCUGUUUAUUAUGUUACAAAAACAACCCUUAUAUACAUGAAUCUAAUUAG